UCACUCGCGCGCACGCCAUAAUACGUCGAACGCGCCAACCGCGCGCGCGCAACUUUGGCGCGGACUCGCUCAAAACAAACGCGAAUCUUUUUCGAACUUCGAAAAUCAAAUUUGAAAAUUUAAAAGUGACAUUUGUUUUUUUUGUGUCAAAAUGCGUGCUGUGUUGUUACUCUGUGCUUGUGCGGCAGCGGUCUGCGGGCAGAGCUUGGACUCGAAUAGAAUGGCCAGGAUGCCGAAAUAUGAUGAGAGAUACGAUUAUCUGGAUGUAGAUGCGUUGUUCAACAGUAAGAGACUGGUGAGGAACUAUGUGGACUGCCUCAUCAAUGCUCAGAGGUGCACUCCGGAGGGGAAGCAGUUGAAACGGAUACUGCCAGAAGCUCUCAGAACAAAGUGCAUCAGAUGCACCGAGCGGCAGAAGAAGACAGCUGUGAAGGUGAUCAAGCGGCUGAAAUACGAGUUCCCAGAGGAGUGGGCCAAGCUGUCCUCCCGGUGGGACCCCACGGGGGACUUAACGCGGUACUUCGAAGAGUUCCUGGCCAAUGAGAGCUUUAACACCAUUUCUGGUUCGGCAGACGGCAACGACGCCGCCGGUCCGUCGUCCAUCCCGCCACUCCCGCCGGUUCCUCCCAUGUUGCCGGCGGCGCCGCCCUCCACGCCGCCGCCUCCACCAGUAGAGCCUAUCUCUACAUCGCCUAAACCCGUCAUUUUAAAUAGGUUUGGAGAUGACGGUGAGCUGAUGAUGGGGAGCCCCUCCUCCGCCGCCCUCACCCCCCGCCCCUCCACCGCGCGGCCGCCGCUUUCCCCCACCACCGCGCGCCCCCCACCCCCGCCGCCGCCAAGACCGACUCAAACGUCGUGGGUGUCCGCGAGUUCAGACGCGAUGCCAACACGUUUCCCACUGCGGCCGACCAACGAUAUCCCAAGACCUUACACCACAGCCAUCACAUUCAUAGACCAGAUAGGGUAUAAGAUAAUCAGGACCACCGAACUGGUCACGGAUAUACUGAAAAACACAGUCCGAGCUGUCGUCGGGCGGUAGACUGUGAUGGACUAUCCUGAGGAUUGUAGAUUUGGUUUCAAACAAAGAAUUCGCUACAAUACCAAACCUGAAUCUUAAGCUAAGUGAAGGAAUCAGAAGUCAACCGUUAUAUCAAAUUAACAAAAAGUAACUGAUUUCAGAUUAUUAUAAAAAAAUACAGUGAUUUCAGGAUAGUGUGUCGGAGAUAGUGGAUAACGCUCAAUUCAGGCGUAGGGUUUCCUACGCAUUUUAUUGAGUUAAUUGAGAUUAAAUGCCUAUAGGUAUAAAUAGUGGUUAGUACCACCGACUACGUCCAUACAAAUGGAUACUACGAGUAUAAUAAAGUUAUUAAAAGGAGAUACGAGUAUGUCCGGUAAAAGAUAGAUCUCCCGUAUUAUUUAAGGAAAACGCCAGAAGUCAUAUUAUUAACGUUUAAAUUGUAAUACUUUGUUUUAUUUUUCGACUUCACCAAGCCAAGUGGAUUAUAUUUUUUUGUUCUUUGUAAUUAUUUUUAAUAGUCGGCAUGUUUUUAAAAGUUUGAUAACAACGACAGAGUCAAUUUAUACUUCCUCAAGUGUUUACAACUGCGUAGGUAUUAAGUUAUUUAUAUCUUUUCCUUCUUAUUACACAAAUGAGCAUAAAUAGCUAAGAAUGUGUUUACGUGCUUUGAUACUAAUUUCAUAGCUCUAUAGUAUCAUAAGUUCCUUAGAUUGUAAGUCAGCCAUGACAAUGAACUAUUUUUACAGUAA